AUGGAGGCCAUGGCAACAAAAGUGGUAGAAAGAAACGACCUCAAGAGGGUUCUUUUUCCCGUCCUGCUGCCCAUGCAACGGAAACAACUCCAGGCCCUCAAGGGUCAUCCAUGCCACAACCAACACAUCUUCCUACAUCUUCCAAUCCAGAAUGCACUCAACGGAUUGGAAGAUGUAGGAGGAUGUGUUGGCUGUGGCAUUGAUGACCCUUGUUGGCAUGGAGUUGUUUCCAUAGCAUGGGCAGUAGGACGGGAAGUUCCAUUGCAUGGGCAGCAGGACGGGAAGUUCCACUGCAUGAGCAGUAGGACGAGAAGAAGAGCCCCCUUGAGGUCAUUAUUUUCAACCAGUUUUGUUGCCAUGGCCUCCAUUAGGAUUGGGGGACCUAUGUUCCAUUCUUAA